AUGUCCUUACCUUACGACGCUACUCCACCACCUUCACCACCUCGUGGCUCGGUCAUGGAAGAGGAGAACCCAGCUUUGGAUAGACCACUGGACGAUUAUCAACCUUCCAUACCUGAUCAUGUACAAAGUCUGAUGGGUAGGAUGUCCAGGGGGAAAGUCUACUUGAUGGAAGAAAGUCCAGGUAUAAUACACCUAGAUGGAAACGAGAAACUACGCAGAGAUCCUAGAAUUGCUGCAUUGGCUGAAAGGUUAGAUAAACAAGAUCCUACUUCUUGGCUAGAGGCCAUAUCAGCAGGUGCACCUUCACCGAUUAAACCAAUAGCACUAUACAUACGCUCAGAUCUGAUACAACAUCUAUCGACAAGUAAAGUAUUCUCAUGGACAUCGGGAUUAGGUGCAGGUGUUAUGGGCAUUGAAUGGUUAAAUGAUACAACGCUUCAUCUGAUAUUCCCCACACCAGCAGCAGCUUUACUGGGAUUAACAGUAUUAUCAAAAGCUGGAUUCGAUCCUGCGGAAGGUGAUGAUCCAUUAUUGGAACGAGCAGCGCACUCCGUUCCUAUAUCAUUACUUCCUUUAGCCGAACCUGAACCUGUCCCAUCCCUAGAAGGUCAAGAGUUACUUUCCGGUUCAUCGGAUUCGACAUCCAAUCAAGAUGGUGGUAUAAAACGAAAAGGAAGAGGUAAUUUUGGUAGUAAAUCAAGUUCUGGUGUAUUCGACUUGGAACCAUUAGUUAACCCUGAGACUUCCCAAGAUCCAUUCAAAUUGGCAGAAGGUAUAGAUCCACAUGCAAGAAUAGCUAUUCGUUAUGGUACUGAAGCCGACCAAGAAUUGAGAAAAGAAGCUAAAGCUUCUCAAUGGUAUAAGAGGCAUGGUAGAAACGCAGGAAAAGAAAUAGCUUCUUCAAAAAGAUCAAUUGGAGAUGAUAGGUAUCAGGAAGAAGAAGGGAUGAGUUUGAAAGGAAGAGGUAGUGGAGAAGGAAGAGAUUUCGCAAAAAGACUAGGUAGAGAAAGGAGGGAUCAGCCAUACGGUAAUAGACCAGGAAAUAGAGGGAAGGGUAGAAGGACAGAAGAAGAUUUAGAUAAAGAGUUGGAAAAUAUCGCUAAAAGGAGGACAGCAGGUGAAGAAGGUAUCUCAUUUGACGAAGAUGUUGAGAUGGACAGUGGAUCUGCGGAUCGUAGGAGAGAUGAUCGAAGAGGCGGCAGACGCGGUGGAGGAAGGAGAGGGGAGAAUAAGAAAGAGGAUUUAGAUAAAGAACUAGACGAACUGUUUGCCGCGAGAUCUACGAAUCCAUAA